UGUAUUGUAUUGUAUUGUAUGUACCCUUUGUUCUUGUUUUUUGUUUGUUUCUAAUAUAUGCAUGCUCCAAAUUUGGCACCUUUCUCUUCUUUUUCGUUUACCUUUUCUAACUUUCUCAUUCUUCUUCUGCUUCCUCAACAAACCACCCUCAAAGCCCUCUUCCUUCUUCUUCCUCACCUUCUGGAAAAUUCAGAGGGGGUGUUAUUGAAUUACCCCAUUGAUGUCAUCAUGGCCUUUCAACUGGCUCAACUCAUCUGAGUUGAGCUAUAAAACAGCAUCAGAAGAACCACAAAAACUGGAUGCAGUUGGCAAGAAUAGUUCCUUGAAUUGGGAUCAGAAAGCAAAAUUUACUGCCAGUUCUGGUGCUGUUGGUUCACCAAGAGAAUCUAGAUAUACAGUUUCAAAGAUGGAUCCUCUUUCCAAGCCUAACUCCAAUUCACACAAUAAUUAUCAACGCUCAUUGCCAAGUCCUGGUAAGCCACCAAAUUCUGAACAAACAACAACUACUACAACAAGAAAUGCUGAUAUGAAAAGUAAUUCCAUAACAAGCCAUGGACAAGGAAGUGGUAAUUCCAGUCGUAGUGACAGCUUAGAAAGCUCCAGUGCACCUCUUAGACCUCACACUGGUGGGGAUGUUAGAUGGGAUGCCAUUAAUAUUAUGAAUGCUAAGCCUACUCCAAUUGGUCUCAGCAAUUUUCGGCUUCUCAAGCGCCUUGGUUAUGGAGACAUUGGCAGUGUGUAUCUUGUUGAACUUAGAGGAACUAACACUUACUUUGCCAUGAAAGUUAUGGACAAAGCUUCUCUUGCAAGUAGGAACAAGUUAUUACGAGCUCAAACAGAAAGGGAAAUUCUUGGACUUCUGGACCACCCAUUUUUGCCCACUCUAUAUUGUUACUUUGAAACUGAUAAAUUUUAUUGCUUGGUAAUGGAAUUCUGCAGUGGAGGCAAUCUCCAUUCCCUUCGACAGAAACAACACGACAAGCACUUUACUGAAGAGGCUGCCAGGUUUUAUGCAUCGGAGGUGUUAUUGGCUCUUGAGUAUCUACAUAUGCUAGGCAUCGUGUAUAGAGAUUUGAAGCCAGAGAAUGUGCUAGUAAGAGAUGAGGGACAUAUCAUGCUUUCAGAUUUCGAUCUCUCACUUCGUUGCUCUGUCAGUCCAACAUUAGUCCAAUCCUCAUCUGUAAAUGCCAACAAUGGUACUUAUGGCUUUGGAGGAAUUCUCAAUGAUGGGCAUGCGGUCCAUGGAUGUAUGCAGCCAUCAACAUUUUUCCCACGCAUAUUGCCCUCAAAAAAGAACCGCAAAUCUAAAUCAGAUUUUGGCCCCUUUGUUGGAGGUGCCCUCCCAGAACUAAUGGCAGAACCCACCAAUGUACGCUCCAUGUCAUUUGUUGGCACACAUGAAUAUUUAGCCCCUGAGAUCAUUCGUGGAGAGGGCCAUGGAAGUGCAGUGGACUGGUGGACAUUUGGCAUCUUCUUAUAUGAACUGUUACAUGGCACAACUCCCUUCAAGGGACAAGGCAAUCGAGCAACACUGUUCAAUGUUGUAGGGCAGCCAUUGAGAUUCCCAGAAAGUCCACAAGUCAGCUCCAUGGCUCGUGACCUUAUAAGAGGACUUUUAGUGAAAGAACCCCAGAAGAGAAUUGCUUAUAAAAGAGGAGCUACAGAAAUAAAACAGCACCCAUUUUUUGAAGGAGUCAACUGGGCUCUUGUGAGAAGUGCAAUGCCUCCUCAUGUACCUGAACCUGUAGACUUUUCAGUUUUUGCCUCGAAAGAGUCUUCUGCUCCUGGAGCUACAGCCAAGAAGGCGGCACCGGGAGCCUUUGCUGAUAAAGACACUGAUAGUCCGAAAGAUUCUUAUGUAGAAUUUGAGUAUUUUUAGAAUGUGGAUAACAAAAUGCGCUGCUUUUGGGCACAAAUUUACUUGUGUAUACAAACAACUAAAAGGGAAUCCUAACAAGACUUUUU